AUGAUGCUUCAACACAACCAAAUUGUCUUUCUAAUUUUAUCACUUCUUGGACAUAGUAUUAUGACCAUUUGGGCAUGUUCCGUUUUGAAAUUAACGACACCGGAAGAAUUAAUUUCUAAAGCACAUGCAAUUGUUCGCGCAAAAGCAAUCAGUUAUGAAAAACCUCCAGCGGAACAAGGAUCGUGGUAUAAUGGAAUUCCCGAUUCAGUCAUCACAUUCGAACUCGAAGAGCAAAUCAAAGGCAAUCAAAGGAUUCCAAAUCCACUUUGGAUUAAUGGAUAUUUAAGCGAGCACGACGACUUUAAUGAUCGUCCAUCACCAUACGAUUUUGUUCGACCGAAUGGACGCAGUGGAAGCUGCAUUGCCAAUACGUAUAAACAGAAUGCUGAGUUUUUACUAUUUUUAGAUGAUAAAUUCACACCAUAUUGGGAUGCUUUAACACCUGUGAAUGAACAACUUCAUUCGCCAUCCUCUGAUGACCAAUGGUUACAAUGGACACAUGAAGAAUUUCUUCGAACAGUGGUUCGUGGAUUCAAAAAGAGUUUGCCUACAGAAGAAUCGAAUUCAUUUGAUCGGCACACAUUUCUUCCUUCAUCGCAUGUUGCCAUACCAUCUGCUGUUGAUUGGCGCAAAAAAGGAGCGGUAACAACAGUAAUCGAAGACCAAGGUCAGUGUGGUUCUUGUUGGGCAUUCACUGCUACAGGUGCAUUGGAAGGACAACAUUUUCUCAAGACCGGCAACUUAGUACGGUUAUCGGCACAGAAUCUAAUCGAUUGCACUAGCAAGUAUGGUAACGAAGGUUGUUGUGGAGGAUAUAUGGAUGCUUCAUUUCAAUACAUUAAAGAUAACAAGGGCUUAGAUACGGAAGCUAGUUAUCCGUAUGAAGCUCAAGAUGGCAAGUGUCGUUUCAAGCGGGCAACCGUCGGUGCUACUGAUACUGGUUUUGUUGAUCUUCCGAGUGGAAAUGAGACCACAUUGCAAAGUGCUAUCGCUACUGUAGGUCCCAUAGCGGUAGCAAUUGAUGCAAUGCAAGAAUCAUUCCAGUUCUAUUCUUCGGGCGUUUACGAUGAUCCUAAAUGCUCGUCGACCGAUGUAAAUCACACGUUCAUUGUUGUUGGUUAUGAUACACUUAAAAAUGGUACAAAGAAGCAAGAUUAUUAUAUUGCGAAGAAUUCAUGGGGCGAAACGUGGGGUAACAAAGGUUAUAUUUGGAUGAGUCGUAAUAAGAAUAAUCAAUGUGGUAUUGCGAAUAUAGCAAGCUAUCCGCUUGUUUAA